AUGACUCUCCUCACAGCCCUCGGCCUCCGCCGCCAAAACGACUGGGAGCCCCUAACCCUUAUCGACGCCAUCCUUCUCUCACCCCUAAACCUCCUCGUCACAAUCAUCUACAGCAUAAUCCUCUUCCUCCGCGGUCGACCCUUCACCCCGCCCCGCGACAAGCCCGCCAUCCGCAUCGUCUGCCUCUCCGACACCCACGACCGCACCGACGUUGACAUACCCCCGGGGGACCUCCUCAUCCACGCCGGCGACCUCACCAACGCCGGCACCGUCGCCGACAUCCAGGCCCAGCUCGACUGGCUCGCCGCUCAGCCCCACCAGCACAAGAUCCUCGUGUGCGGCAACCAUGACAGUUUCUUCGAUCCCAGCGCCCGUCUGCCCGAGGACCGCGGCAAGAGCCUCGAUUUCAAGGGGGUCCGCUAUCUCAUCCGUGAUGCCGUCACGCUGGAGUUCAAGGGUGGCCGUCACUUGAAGAUCUAUGGUGCCCCUGAUAUCCCGACCUGCGGCGGUUCAGAAAUGGCUUUCCAAUAUGAUCGUUCAUCACCGCCCUGGACCAACACGGUACCAAUUGACACUGACGUUUUGAUCACUCACACACCACCAAAAACCCACCUAGACCUAAACCUAGGCUGCCCAGCCCUCCUCCAAGAAGUCUGGCGCGUCCGCCCCAAACUCCACGUCUUCGGCCACGUCCACUGGGGCCACGGCCGCCAGAGCGUCCACUUUGACGACUGCCAGCGCGCCUACGAGGCCCUCAUGUCCCGCCCGCCCCGCGGCCUCUUCCGCGACCUCUUCCCCCACGCUGGCUGGCGGGACGCUCUCGCCGUCCUGGGCUACGGCAUACACGGCGUCGUCUGGAAGUGGCUCAUGGUCGGGCCCGGCGGCAACACCAGCAGUCUCAUGGUCAACGCCGCGCAAAUGUACGGCAACACGGGGCGGCUGGGGAACCCGGUGGAAGUAGUGGAUUUGUAA